AUGGCCGAUCCAAAGCUUGCCAGUCUACUGGCCUUUGUGUCCCCUUCUGAUAUCGUGACGCCCGAAUCGUCUCAUUAUCAAGAGCAGUCAAAAACAUGGGCUGUGCAGGCCAACAAGCACCCUCUAGCUGUUGUCUCUCCUAGGACGGUGGAAGCAUUGAGCGGGAUGAUUGCAUAUGCAAAUACCACGGACCUCGACAUUGGCAUCCGCUGCACUGGAAUCGGGAACGCGACGAGCAAAGACGUGUUAAUUUCACUAUCAGCCUUCAAGGCGUUCUCAUUCGACCCAGACACAGAAACCAUUACUUUCGGUGCAGGUCACUGCUGGGGUGAGAUUGACGCGAAGCUCGAAGAAACUGCUCCGGGAUACGCAGCCGUCAGUGCUCGGUGUACCUAUGUUGGCGUUGGUGGAUCAAUUCUCCACGGCGGACAGAGCUGGCUGAGUUCAGAGUACGGCCUCGCUUGCGAUCCUCAAAAUCUGCUUGACGUUCAGGUUAUCAAAGUGGAUGGCAGCAUCCUCUGGGCAAGUGAGGAACCAGACCUUCUUUGGGCUCUUCGCGGCGGCGGCGGAGGAUUUGGAGUCGCCAUCGCCUUCAAGAUGCGAGUUUACAAGUAUCCAUCUUCAAUAUUCUGUGGACAGAUCAUCUAUCCACCGGCGGCUCUGAAGGAUGUGGCGCGCGAAACUGCUGCUUUUGCUUCACGAUGUGAUGAUGUAAAGAUGGCUCUACAUUUGUAUUGCCUUGACAUGACAGCAGGCACGUAUGCGGGCCGGGAGGCAAACCCUGGACUGGCAAUUUUUGCAUACGACGCCAACGGACCCGAGCAUGGUAGAAGUGGAGCGGGUUUCAAAUGGGCCUUGGACAUCCCAGGAGCCGUCGACCUCACCAAGACCCUCAACUUCCGAGGAGUGAACCAACAAUUCGAUGCGUCGAAAGCCCCAUUCGGGAAGAUUAAUACCUGGGCGGCCGGCGUCACUGUUCCCUCUGUCGAUGAGGGUUUGAUACUCCGAGCUUGGAAUUGGUAUUUGUCACUCUUGGAGGCUGAUCUAAGACUUGUUAUGGGCACUUAUGUACUCAUGGAAGUCAUGCAAAAGGCUGUCUACCAAUCCGUUGGCUUCCCCAGCCUCGUCUCCGCCUGGCCUCAUACAGCAAACCAACACAAUCUUCAAUUAGGCACGGGUGUCAUUCCAGGCUCACCCGAAAGCGACGCUUUGGCACACAAAGCAUUGGCAGAAGCACCAUUUGAGAUACGUCCAGGUCAUACGGGGGCCGACUAUUUUCCUAACUUCCUGGAAGAUUUUGUUGACCCGACGAAGGUCUUUGGAGCCAACUGGAGUAAACUGGUGGAGAUCAAGAAGAAGUAUGACCGAAAUAACAAGCUGGGCGGACCAUUUAUCGAGGAGUAA